GUGAACAUUAAACAUUAAAACGUUGUUUUCAACAGCAGGCAUAUGAAGUUAAAUUGAGAUAUUCUAUGAUUUAUCUUGCUUAAGAAUCUUUAAAAUCCACGUAAUAAAUUUGUUCUUAUUAGAACAGAAAUUAGUCUGAAAGUAGUGAUUAAGUGAAAUACUUAUAGCUUUCAUUGAAGAAACUAUCAAAGUAUAAUCACCAGAGAGACUGUUUAAUUCAAUAUAACAAGCUAGUUGCAAAGUCUUAGAUUAACCUUAAAAGCACCCGGAAAACGACAAAGUGGAAAAUGAUCAAUAACAGAACAUAUUUUAAAUUCCUGCUAAUAUCUCUCGUAAUAGCUCAAACGACAGCAUAUAAAGUGAUUUAUGCGGUGAAUUGUGGUGGUGAAGAGCAUAUAGAUUCUAAUGGAAUAAAAUAUGAAAAAGAUGUUCUCAAAGUCGGAACAUCGUCAGAUUUUGGAAAAAAUCUACCAAAUAUUGCUAGAGUAUCUCAAUCAGAUGAAAUUAUUUAUCAAACAGAACGUUAUCAUACAUCGACAUUCGGAUAUGAAGUUCCACUUGAAAGUGAUGGCGAUUACGUAUUGGUUCUCAAAUUUUCUGAAGUUUAUUUCAAUACAGUGAACGCAAAAGUCUUUGAUAUUGUUUUGAAUGGUGAUCACCAGAUUGUGUCGGAUUUAGACAUUUUCGCUCAAGUCGGCAAAGGUUCAGCACAUGACGAGUACAUUUACUUUAGCGUGUCCCGCAAUCGACUUUAUUACAAAGAGGAAGAGUCUGAAAUUCGUGGGGGAAAAGUUAGAAUCGAAUUUAUCAAAGGCUACAGAGACAAUCCAAAAGUUAAUGGAAUUGUACUGAUCAAAGGAACGGACGUUAAUAAUAUUCCUAAAUUGCCACCACUUACAACAGAAGCUCCUGAAAUACCUGAUACAUUUGAGAUGCCAAUUGAAGAAGAGAAGCCGGUGAUUUCGAAACCUCGUAAGACAAGCGGCCCUAAAACACAAAAUCCAUAUUCAACGAUGGAUGAUCAACUAAUGAUAAGCAUUUUCGUAGGUAUCGUUCUUUUUAUCCCGCUCCUGUUCUGCCUCUGUCGACUCUGAUUCAUUAACAUAUUCAAUGUGAUGAACUUUUGUUAUAUCUUAUGUAGUCUUAAACGUCCCUUGUUUGUGCACCUCUGCAAUGGUCUCGAUUGAUAUUAGAUAUAAAAACAAACAUAUUUAAAUUUUUAAGAUUCACAAGCUUUACUUUUAAUGACUUUUAUAAAGUGUCUAAUAUUUUUCUUUCCCUUUGAAUUGAAUUUGUGAAUCGUUCUUAUUGUACUUAAACUCCUAAAACGUGUAACAUGAACUUAGCGGUGAGGGGAAAGUUGAGUGAUAUCAAAAAUUAGCUGCAUGGUGUACAAGAUGAAAAACGAUGAUUUUAAUUUACGAUUCAACAAAUUUAAUUAUUAAAUUGUCCUUUUUUCCAAUAAAGAAUGACUCGUUUUAACAUUUUAUUCGUUUUUCCUACAUCAACUUUAUGAUAAC